AUGCUUGUGACCCUGCUGGUUCUCGUUGCUGCUAGGCCUCAGGAGUUCGACGAAGAAGAUGAUGACUAUAACAGCAAGGCUGACGAUAGAAAAGAUGCAGAUCCUGCUCGAGUUCAAAUAAAGGUGUACCGAGGUCCCACGAAGAGUGAUGGGUCUGCGCCAUGGGGCUUCUGGGUGAAACAACCUUCGGAUGAACAGUAG